AUGGCUUCCGCCGCAGGCAGUAGCGGAGGGGGCAACAACAUCAAAGUCGUUGCCCGCUUCCGGCCUCAGAACAAAGUCGAAGUCGCAAAUGGAGGACAGCCGAUUGUCCAGUUCAUGGGCGAGGACACCUGCCAGGUCCAGUCCUCCGAAACGAAUGCUCCUUUCACCUUUGAUCGGGUCUUCGACAUGUCCUCUCAACAAGCCGACAUUUUUGAUUUCUCUAUAAGAUCUACUGUGGAAGAUGUUAUGAAUGGUUACAAUGGAACGGUCUUCGCCUACGGCCAGACGGGUGCGGGAAAGUCUUAUACAAUGAUGGGUGACAUGGACGACUCUCACAAGAAAGGUAUAAUACCGCGAAUCACCGAGCAAAUAUUCGACGCUAUCCUCGUCCACGGCUCCGCUCAGAUCGAAUACACGGUGGGAAUAUCCUAUCUGGAAAUCUACAUGGAACGAAUACGCGACUUGUUGAAUCCAGUGAUGGACAAUCUGCCGAUCAAUGAAGGACCCAAAGGACCGUACGUCAAGGGUCUCCGGGAAAUUUACGUCAACACGGUAGACGAGGUGUACACGGCGAUGCAUCUGGGUCAAAGAGCGAGAGUCACCGCGUCGACCAACAUGAACUUGGAGUCUUCCCGGUCACACUCGAUAUUCUUGGUCACGAUCAAUCAGAAAGACGUCAACACGGGCUCACAGAAGAGUGGUAUGCUUUAUCUCGUGGAUUUGGCGGGCUCAGAAAAGGUUGGCAAGACUGGUGCGAGUGGCCAAACGCUGGAAGAGGCGAAGAAGAUCAACAAGAGUUUGAGCGCGCUCGGAAUGGUCAUCAAUGCCUUGACGGACGGCAAAUCCACCCAUGUGCCGUACCGAGAUUCCAAGUUGACCCGAAUAUUACAAGAAAGUUUGGGAGGUAAUUCAAGGACGACUCUGAUUAUAAACUGUUCGCCUAGCAGUUACAAUGAUGCGGAAACUGUCAGCACCCUCCGGUUUGGUAUGCGAGCGAAGACGAUCAAGAAUAAGGCAAAGAUCAAUGCAGAAUUGAGCCCUGCCGAGCUGAAACGUCAACUCAAGAUCGCCCAGAACCAAGCCAUGUCAUUCGAGAAGUACAUUGCUUCACUGGAUUCGGAACUGGCGUUGUGGAGAAAGGGAGAGACCGUCCCAAAAGAAAGAUGGGUUCCGCCUUUAGCAGGCUCAAAAGGCGAAUCGAGGACGCGACCAGAAACCCCGUCUCGUGCACCUUCAGACUUUCUCAGGUCAGAAACGCCCAGUCGGCCAGAUUCUCGGAUGGGUGAAAGAUCCAGCACGCCCAGCAUCAUUCUUGAAAAAGACGAGCGUGAGGAGUUUCUACGAAGAGAGAAUGAGUUGCAAGAUCAACUUACGGAGAAGGAGACUCAAGCAGCGAAUGCCGAGCGCAGUCUUCAAGAAUUGCGGGAAGAACUCAAGUCAUAUAAAGAAGGAGCCCUACGGACCACCAAAGACAAUGAAGCGAUGGCUGAUAGACUCAACAAGACAGAACUGGAUCUGCAGAAACUGAGCUAUCAGAGCAAGGAAGAUGCAAUCACGAUGGAGGGCUUGAAAGAUGCAAAUGCCGAACUGGAGGCCGAGCUCAUCUCCGUCAAACAACAAUUGUUGGAGCUCAAGAUGAGUGCCAAAGAGACCACCGCAGCACUUGACGAGAAAGACCGAAAGAAGAAAGAGAAGAUGGCCAAAAUGAUGGCCGGCUUUGAUCUCGGAGACAAUGCCUUUUCUGAGAAUGAGGCUCGUAUGCGAGAUAUGUUGGAUCAAGUCGAGUCGCUGCACGCCGCCAGCUUGAGCGGCGAGAAGGUGUCUUCAGAGGUACUCGACGAUUUGAGGACCAAAUUGCUGGAGUCCAGGGACCUGGUCCGGCAAGCCGAGACAUCUUUGAACGACCGUGCAGAACACGAGCACGGGGAGCGAACAAUUGCUCUCGAGGACAGAUUGACAGCUGUUCAACAAGACUACGAGGACUUGUUAACUCGCAACCUGAGUCCAGAAGAUGUGGAGGAUGUCAAGGCCCGGCUAGAGCAACUAUACUCCGACCGCAAAGAGACACAAACGGAAUUAGUGCAUGAUCUGAAGGACCAAUUAGCUCACAAAUCGCAAGAGAUUGAAAAACUGGAAAAAUCAAUCGCCGAUCUCCAGGCUCGAGGAGUCGCAAAUGGGGCGCCAAAUGGAGUUGCCAACAAGGGCAUACAGCAGCAGAUGGCCGAGUUUGAUCAGAUGAAGAAGAACCUGAUGCGAGACCUACAGAACCGAUGCGAGCGGGUUGUGGAGCUUGAAAUCUCGCUCGACGAGACCCGAGAACAAUACAACAAUGUCCUGAGGUCCAGCAACAACCGCCAACAGCAGAAGAAGAUGGCCUUUUUGGAGCGCAAUCUCGAGCAGCUCACCGUCGUGCAGAGACAGCUUGUGGACCAGAAUACGAGCCUGAAGAAGGAAGUCGCCAUUGCAGAGCGAAAGCUGAUUGCGAGGAAUGAGCGAAUCUUGAGUCUGGAGAGUUUGCUGAGCGAUAGCCAGGAUAAGUUGACAGCAGCAAACCACCGGUUCGAACAACAACUUGCUGCAGUCAAGGAACGUCUGGAAGCCGCAAAGGUGUCCUCGAGAAAUAUGGCGGCGGGCGGACCAGGCGCGACAGGUGGCUUCAACUCACUUAUGAACGCUGGAGCUAGGAUAGCGAAACCCCUCCGCGGAGGAGGUGGCGCACCAACAAAUCUAGAUGGUGCCAACGGUGCCGCUACGCUGCCCAUCAUCUCUAGCUUGACGGGCUCGGAUGGUGGGAACAAGCGAAGCAGCUGGUUCUUCAACACGGGUCGAUGA